AGAAAUUACUACCCAAGUGUAACCCCGCAUACCACGUCCACUGCACACGAUUAAUUUCUAACCUCAUAAGCGUACCAAAACAAAUUUCAGUUCUUCUUAUUUUUGGUGAAAAUUGUAUGGUGUACUCGGAUUUUCAUCCAAGAUGAGGACCAUCAACGCUAACCAAUCAGUUAAAAUUCCUGACGGAAUUGACGUAACCGUUAAUAGAAGAAUUAUUACAGUUAAGGGACCUCGCGGAUCAUUAGAAAGGAAUUUUAAGCAUCUAGCAGUAGAUAUCUACCUUAAAAAUCCUAAGCUGUUGACUGUAGAAAAAUGGUUUGGCACCAAAAAAGAAUUGGCUGCUGUGAGAACUAUUUGUACGCACGUCGAAAAUAUGAUCAAGGGUGUUACUAAAGGUUUCUUGUAUAAAAUGAGAGCUGUAUAUGCCCAUUUCCCCAUUAACUGUGUUACGUCUGAAAACAACACCCUCAUUGAAAUCAGGAACUUCUUGGGUGAAAAAUACAUUCGACGUGUGAGGAUGUCGCCAGGUGUUACAGUCGCCAACUCUAAACAAAAGGAUGAAUUAAUUGUUGAAGGAAAUGACAUCGAAAAAGUAUCCAGAUCAGCUGCACUGAUCCAACAAUCAACAACCGUCAAAAACAAGGAUAUCCGUAAGUUCUUGGAUGGAUUAUAUGUGUCAGAAAAGACAUCAGUUGUACAAGAAGAAUAAAAACUUCAUGUAUUACGUUUUAAA